CGGAGACAGCGGAAGCCCCGCAGAAGCGGGCGCGGGCCCAGGCCAAAGACGAGGGCAGCCCCGGGGACAUCGGCCCCCGUGUCAUCAUCGAGCACUGCAAGAGCUGACGCGUGUUCGGGCGCAACGCGGCGGCGGUGAGCGCGGCCCUGCGCGGGGCCAUGGCCCACCUCCCCGUGGACAUCAACCCCCGGCCGCCGCGCAGGAACAGCUUCGAGGUGUCCCUGGUGAAGGAGGACGGCAGCACCAUGGAGCUGUGGAGCGGUAUCGGGAAGGGGCCUCCCCGCAAGCUGAAGUUCCCUCAGCCGGAGACCGUAGUGGAAGCCUUGAAAAGCAGCUUGGCGUAGAGGCAUUGGCCAGCCAAGCCAGGACCAGCGCAUGUGGCACGAGCGUCCAUGAAGAGGCGGGACCAAGUGGGGGGCACCUGCCCCCAGUCCCGUUCCUGAUGCUGCAGCUCUGUCACUGCCAGACCCCUGGCUCCCUCCACACCCCGCUGUUCCCCCAAUCUCCAAUAAAGUUUAGUACUCCACA